UUACAUCCCAAAUCGAUUCAUGAGCGGACGUUACCUUCUCGUCCUUUUCCCCUCAACUCACUCCAUCCCAAACAAGUUCAAAAUUCCUUUUCCGCUUGCUUACCCUCCCAAAAGAGGUAGUCGAGUAUAUCCGAUCGUUUCAAAGACCGGCGUAAGGGCAGUAGGUAUCAUGGAGGAGGAGAUCAUGGAGCGGCGGAAGAGAUCAACAGACGAUUCUCGGAGAUAUUCCCGACGCCGCAACCACGAGAGGAGUAAGAGGACUAAGCGAAGAGACGGAUGUCGUUUCUCCGAGCCGGAAGAUUCGAGGGUUACGAGGGAUAUCACAGAGAAAGAGAUCAUGGACUACAUGGUGAAGAAGGUGCAAAAGAAGGUUCUGAAGGUUGCGAAGAAACUCAAAGCAAACAAGGUGACUGGAUAUUCUAACGAUUCAAAUCCUCUUGGAGACCAUAAUCUGAUUGAGAAGUUUGUAUGGAUGAAAAAGAUAGAAUCUGAUAUUACACGAGGUGUACUUCUUGAUACAUCAGUGAAUGCUGAAAAGAGUAGACAAAGAGAAAGAAUGGCUGAGAUUGAAAAUAUCAAGAAAAGAAGGGAAGAAAGGGCAAUUGAGAAAACACAACAUGAGGAAGAAAUGACAAUGUUGGCAAGAGAGAGAGCCUGGGCUGAGUGUAUAGAUUGGGAGAAGAAAGAAGAAGAGUUUCACUUUCAUCAAAGCAAAGUUAGAUCCAAGAUUAGAUUGCAAGAAGGACGUGCAAAACCCAUUGACAUACUUAUCAAGACCCUUAAUGGUUUAGAAGAAUUUGACUUUGAUCUAAAUGAACCAUACAUUGUAUUUAAGGGGCUUACUGUGAAGGAUUUGGAAGAACUUUGUAAUGACAUUAAACUGCAUCUAGAUUUGGAUAUAGCAACACCAAUUCAUAUCAGAUAUUGGGAGGCAUUGAUAAUAGUUUGUAACUGGGAACUUGCAGAAGCCCAGAAAAGAGAUGCAAUUGAUCGAGCUAGAAUACGUGGUGAGCAAGCACCUCCUGAAAUUCUUGCAGAAGAAAGGGGUUUGCACUCGAGCAUUGAAGCUGAUGUGAUGAAUAUGUUGGAAGGGAAAAGGUCCAAGGAGUUGGAGUUGAUGCAGCAAAGAAUUGAGUCACUAAUGUGCUCAGGCACUGCCAAGGUUGUCGAGUAUUGGGAGGCUAUUCUCGAACGCCUGCAAAUAUACAAGGCGAAGGCUACUCUUAGAGAAAUCCAUGCCUCACUUCUACAAAUGCAUCUUCAAUGUUCGGAGCAUCCUGCAGAGCUCAAGAACCGGUUAAAAGAACAUGAAGAUGCAAAAGCAGAAGAGGAAGAGUUGCAGCAUCUGGAGGAUUCCAAGCAUUAUUCUCCUGAGCAUGUAAUUGAGGAAGCUGAUGAACCUGAAGAAGAGGGUUCAUUCUCACCUCAACUCUUUCAAGGUGAUGAAGACAAUAAAGCAAUUGAUCCUGAGGAAGACUGGAUUAAACUGGGGCAGAAACGCAAGGCUGUAGAAAUAGAGCAGCAAAUGAAGACUCGGGAAGCAAUGACUGCAAAGAAGGCGAGCACACCCGAAGAGAAUAUGGAACUCGAAGCCAUGAGAGUGAUGGGAACUAUGGAUGAAGGGGAUGCAGUUUUUGGCGCCAACUCUGAAGUAACUCUGGAUUCAUUGGUAUAUUGGUGGCAUGAUAAAUACCGUCCGCGAAAGCCGAAGUAUACCAAUUUGGUUCAUGCCGGAUACAAAUGGAACAAAUACAAUCAAACUCAUUAUGAUCACGACAAUCCUCCCCCUGCGAUUGUCCAGGGAUACAAGUUCAAGAUAUUUUACACUAAUCUUGUUGAUAAGUCCAGAGCACCAGUGUAUACUGUUGAGAAGGAUGGCGACAGUGAUGAGACUUGCAUUAUCAGAUUUCAUGCUGGGCCACCCUACGAGGAUAUUGCUUUUCGCAUUGUAAACAAAGAAUGGGAAUAUUCUCAUGAUAAGGGCUUCAAGUGUACCUUCGAGCAUGGGACUUUAUAUUUGUUCUUCAAUUUCAAACAAUUUGGAUACCGACGGUAGGAGCUGGGGACAUAUUCAUUUGAACUUGAUAAAAGAGUCUUUUAUUAGCAAACGAUUACUCAAACAAGUCUUUUGUAAUUGUCUACAUUUGACCAAGAAGUACAUCUACCUCUGCUGUGCUAAAUUGUGCGAGCAAGACUCGCUUGUUAGUUUUUUUAUAUGUUUAUUUCAUUUGGGCUGUGCUGCUAAA